AUGACAAUGACAGCGAUGUUGUCUCUCCCUCCUUCACCCAAGGGCAUUCACUUAGCGUCGCCCGACAGCAAGUUUGUGCUGCUUUUCGCCAGCGUUCUUGUCACGCUCUUCUUCCUCCGCGCCAUGGAUCGCGGCACCGUCUCGCAAGAAUCGUGCGACAUGGUGCAGCCCAGCAGCAUGGGCCCCGAUGUCAAUGCCUCCAAUCCUUUGCCACCGCAUCUACGGCCAGGAUGCAUUCUGUACUCUGAUAACCGCGCCAUUUCCGCGCAUGCCGAAGCUACACGUGGACUCACCCCCGCCGCUGCGGCGGCCGUGGCGGGCUGGGGCGCGGCGCCUCCGAUACUAUCACUAGAGGAUCUCGCGCAGCUGCCGUUGUACGCGGAGCGGCACGGUUACCUCUUCUUCGAGUCGUAUGAGGGCGUCAACGCGUCACGCAGGUUCAGGUGGCACAAGGUGACGCUGCUGCGGCACGCGCUGCAGUGCUGCUGUCGGUGGGCGCUAUACGUGGACUCGGACGCGUACAUGCGCAUGGACAUGCACCGCCUCUCCGUCGAGGACUGGGCCGCGCGCGCCAGCAAACGGGGUUACUUCGACUACCUGCUGGGCAAGUCGGACUCGCGGCUGCAGGCGCAAGUGGUGCACGCGGAGCGCAUUCUCGAAGUUCUCACACCGCACGAUGGGGAGGGGGAGCAGGCACUCUCUUCUGUACCUACGGCGGCCGCAUCAUCACCGUCCGCAGUCCCCUCCACAUCGCCCACGCCUUCCGACCCUUCACUCUAUUCUCUCAAACUGCCUUCUCUCCCCUCUUCCUCGAAGCACCCGUUUGCUAUCUUUGUACGCAAUGGCGACGGGUCGAUGGGGUACAACGGCGAGCCGGAAAACCUCUACGACCCGGAGCACGACUGGGCCAACUCGGGGGUCAUGCUCUUCGGCCACUCGCCUGAUUCUUUCAAGGUCAGCUGCCUUGUGUGCAUGCUUUCAGGGACUGAAAUGCUGUGGGGUUCUAUUGGGAGAGGGUUGGUGGGGGAGGGAUGUGGUGGCGUUUGA